CGUUGGGCACUUCCGGCGGGCUCGGGUUUCCUUCGCGUCGGUAUUUAAAUGGGGCUGCAGGACAUCAGCUGCUGUUCCAUUCAGAGCCGAGCCGUGACAGACAGGGCCAGAAGAUAACCUGCAGCGCUUGAAUACAGACAACCCCCCAAACAUCUCCCUGUGAAUAUUUCAUCUUGGAGAGGAGAACAAGAGUUUGCUUGUGGGGGUUUUGUUGCGGGAGCAGCGGAACAAUAACCGGGGCUGUGACAGCAGCUCGGUGCAUCGUGCUGGGUUGUGGUGGGGGGGGAUUCCUCUGCCGGCUCCUCCUGGACCGAACCGUGCUGCGGUAACGGGAUGUCGUGCGUGACAGGAAGGAUUUAGGGUCUAUUUUGUUAACCUUCGUUUAUUUACUGAUAAACAGAUAAACAAGCUGAAGGUAGUGCGGCUGUGGCCCAGGAGGAUAGAGUGGCCUUGACAUCAGAGGACUGAUGGACCGGAUGAUCUUCACAAGAAAAUAUUGGAGCUUUUCUUUGUUUUAUAUGUGAAGAAGAAAAAAUCAAGACAAACAUCAAAUCGCUCACAGACUCUAUUGGUCGACAACCGCUCAUCACCAGCAUCAGUGGCUUCACUGGACUAAACACCUGCAGCCAUGUUCAGCUGGCUUGGGACAGACGACCGGAGGAAGAAGGACCCGGAGGUGUUUCAGACGGUCAGCGAGGGCCUGAAGAAGCUCUACAAAACCAAGCUCCUGCCGCUGGAGGAGAGCUACAAGUUCCACGAGUUCCACUCCCCGGCCCUGGAGGAUGCUGACUUCGACAACAAGCCCAUGGUCCUGCUGGUGGGACAGUACUCAACCGGCAAGACCAGCUUCAUACGCUACCUGUUGGAGCAGGAUUUUCCUGGAAUGCGGAUCGGCCCCGAACCCACCACGGAUUCCUUCAUCGCGGUGAUGCACGGCGACACCGAAGGCGUCAUUCCCGGAAACGCUUUGGUGGUUGACCCCAAGAAGCCCUUCAGAAAGCUGAACGCAUUUGGGAACGCAUUCCUAAACAGGUUUGUGUGUGCCCAGCUGCCUAACCCGGUGCUGGAGAGCAUCAGUGUGAUCGACACACCAGGGAUUCUGUCUGGAGAGAAACAGAGACUCAGUCGAGGGUAUGACUUUGCUGCGGUCCUGGAGUGGUUUGCCGAGCGAGUGGACCGGAUCAUUUUACUGUUCGACGCCCACAAACUGGACAUUUCCGAUGAGUUCUCAGAUGUGAUAAAGGCCCUAAAGAACCACGAGGACAAGAUUAGGGUUGUACUGAACAAAGCUGACCAGAUAGAGACCCAGCAGUUGAUGAGAGUCUACGGGGCCCUAAUGUGGUCACUAGGGAAAAUAGUCAACACCCCUGAGGUGAUCCGUGUCUACAUCGGCUCGUUCUGGUCCCACCCUCUGUUGAUCCCUGACAACAGGAAGCUGUUUGAGGCGGAGGAGCAGGACCUAUUUAAGGACAUCCAGUCUUUACCGAGAAACGCAGCUCUUCGAAAACUCAACGAUCUGAUCAAGAGGGCAAGACUGGCCAAGGUUCAUGCCUACAUCAUCAGCGCCCUGAAGAAAGAGAUGCCCUCUGUGUUCGGGAAGGAGAACAAGAAGAAAGAACUGAUCGGCAGUCUGGCAGAUAUCUACAAACGCAUCGAAAGAGAGCAUCAGAUAUCCCCUGGAGAUUUCCCAAAUUUGAAGAAGAUGCAGGACCUACUCCAGUCUCAGGAUCUCAACAAAUUCCAGCCUCUGAAACCCAAACUCCUUGAAGCGGUCGACGACAUGCUAUCCAACGACAUUGCCGGUCUCAUGGUCCUGGUUCGCCAAGAAGAAACCCAACGGCCUAACCCAGUAGUGAAGGGCGGUGCGUUCGACGGCACUCUGGACGGCCCGUUUGGCCACGGGUACGGCGAAGGGGCCGGAGAAGGCAUCGACGAUGCCGAAUGGGUGGUUGUGCGCGACAAGCCGGCGUACGAUGAAAUCUUCUACACGUUAUCUCCCGUCAACGGAAAGGUGACGGGGGCCAACGCCAAGAGGGAGAUGGUGAAGUCAAAGCUGCCCAACACAGUGUUGGGAAAGAUCUGGAAGCUGGCGGACAUCGAUAAGGACGGGAUGCUGGAUGAUGAGGAGUUUGCCUUGGCCAAUCACCUGAUAAAAGUGAAACUGGAAGGACAUGAACUGCCCUCAGAUCUACCUUCACACCUGGUGCCGCCGUCUAAGAGGAAAAUACCAGAGUAAAUGUAAGAUUAUCCCCAAGUCCCUGCUCAGCAACCUGUAAGUAGACUCCCACCCCCACCACCAGCCCCAUCCCUAGAGAAAAGGAUUCCCAAUAGAAGAGGAAGUAUCCUGUAGCACCAAAGCAAAAAACUCCAAUUGCAAAAAGUAGACAAAUAAUUCCAACUCUCAUUCUGCCCUGUUGCUUCAGCUGCACAUCUGCAGGCUUUCCUUUCCUUCAAGAGGCAAAGAUAAAACAAAAUAUGCAAAUUCAAAUCAAAUCAGCACACUGACUGUAAACCUUUAUAUGACGGAAAAAUCUACGUUUGUAUUUUUUAACACUGAAUUUAGGAUUUGACCUUGUCAACAGUGCGAGUUAGAUUUAACUGUAACAUCUCUUCUGUGCUUUUACCAGGGUGGAAAAACUGGAUCUGGAUGAGUCUUUAGAUCAGUAUAGUCUUUUUUUAAUUCAAGAUGAUAUAUAUUAGUUUUUUGGUUAGAGAUGUUAGCACAACUGAUACAGUGAAUAGUAAAGAAAAAAUAACAAAAUUCUCGACCAUGAAACACUGGAAUAUAGAAAAAUGUGGUCAGAACUACUGGAAGAAAAAUGGAGAGAAUGUAAAGACAAAAAGAAGGAAAGUCUUGUUGGAAGGAUUAUUUUAGGUAUAAAAUGCAAAUAACCAGUUUAUCCCCAUUGAAAUUGUGUGAUAGAAACUGUUAUAUUAUAUUAUUAUCUGUAAUCAGCCCUACUACAGAGAUGACCUUCACAAGACCACCCAAACAUCUUUUAUUUUGAGGUCCUGAACAAUUUUAGGUCUCCUGAGAAUUCUGGCUUUUUUUUUAAUGGAGACAUAUUAAACCGCUUCAAAGACUUCCUGUCAAAUGCCUCGAGAAUACACACAGACACACACACAACCACACAAAUGCAGGGCUUGUAUUUUAACAGUGACACAGUUGAGCAUUCUGUGUCACACUCCUGUUAACCCAAGAAGAAAAUGGUCUAAAUCAGUUACUAACUCUCUAACAUGUCAAAUGUGACGUGCUGAUGUCGGCGUGUGUGAGGAAAUCUCUUCAAGCAGAAGAGAAACCUCAGAACGUCGAGCGGUCUGUCUCUUGGAGGAUCUUUGGAACCAUCGUGAAUCCUGUGAACACGUCUGACGAUACUGUGACUUCAAUAUGAAACUGUUCUCUGGGUGUCGUCCGGACACACCAGUGCUCUGACGUUCCCCGUAUAUAUUGUGGGGAUGAUGAAUGUUGAAUGUUCAUGGUUCUGUGUGGCCACAUACUGACUCUUGUAUGUAUUUAUGCAUAUGAACACAGUGUUAUUAUUUGAAAUGUAUGUGUAUCGAGUCUUAAACAUUACACAGGCUACUGAUGAUGGGAUUCUUCUGGUGGGUUAUUAACUGUAAACUGAGGCGACUCCGUUAUUGUUCAUUGAACUAACUCCGCGGUCCAGAGAGUGAAGAUGCAGCUUUCUGCUUAUUUCCUGAUAACAAACACUAAUCCACACAUAAAUCAACGUGUUUCUCUUUUUUUUUGUUGUUGUUGAAGAAUAGAAUUGGCUUUCUAUGUCAUGUAUAUAAACUGUACACAUGUAAUACAUGUUCCUCACGUGUAUUACUGCCAGUAUAUGGAUUCUUUAUAACUGUAUAUCUCCCCAGCACCAGAUUAAACACUAAACUAAUUAAAAUUGGAUGAUGAGUAAUAUUCCAAACGUGUUGGGAGCGAGAAAGUAUUAAUUGGUUUUGAGCCAUUAGAAUCGAUGUAUUGAAAAUUGAUUUCCAGUUAAUAGUCAUUAAUUCCUCUCCCUGUGACGUCGCUGUGCUUCAACUGUGAAUCUAAUGUAAAUAAGAAGACUGCUUGCAUUCCAUGAGCACAGAUUGUAAAAAUCAUCCAUCUCAUCUCGGGUGAAUUAUGCAUCAUUAGCUCAUAUUUCACAUCCACGUCAGAAGAUAAGAUCUGUGCUUGUUGAAUAUUGAUUCUCCGCAGAACUGGACAUGCUGGUUUAAGACCAUAAAGGAUUGUGAAGUGAAAUAUGGUCUUCUGCUAAAUGUCCCAUGUGGAAAAACACGGGCGUGCUGUUAUUUUAUCUGUUUUUAAGAUGGCGAUGCAUUGAUUAAUCUGUACUUCACUGCUUUCCUGUCGACAUAAAGAGUCUAAGAGCAUAAUAAAAUUCAUUUACUCAA